ACGCCACGUACUAUAAAUUCACCGAGUGAGUAAAAAGGAAAAAGCGACGCAGAAAAACGGAAAUGUAAUGAAGGUUGGAGUGAGUGAUCUAAAGACUCGAUCCGUAGUUCUUGCUUGCAUCGUACAUAGCUAUGGAACCGGUUCUUGAACCAGCACCGUCCGUGAACUCAAACCCGUCGCCUAUACCGCCUCCGAUUAACUCUGUGCCCCCUUUCUUGAGCAAAACCUACGACAUGGUUGAUGAUCUUUCCACCAACGAGGUUGUUUCUUGGAGCAGCGGGAACAACAGCUUCGUCGUCUGGGACGUGCCGGAGUUCUCGAAGGUGUUCUUGCCUAAGUACUUCAAGCACAACAAUUUCUCCAGCUUCGUCAGACAGUUAAAUACAUAUGGAUUCAGAAAAGUUGAUCCAGAUCGAUGGGAAUUUGCAAACGAGGGAUUCUUAAGAGACCAAAAACAACUACUAAAGGGCAUUACAAGGAGGAAAUCUUCGCACGUGCAGCAGCAGAAUCAGCAACAAAUUCAAGUUCAGAACUCAUCUCUUGCUCCUUGUGUCGAGGUAGGGAAGUGCGGAAUAGCAGAAGAAGAAGUGGAAAGACUCAAGAGGGAUAAGAACGUUCUUAUGCAGGAACUUGUCAGGUUAAGGCAUCAACAGCAGGCCACCGAACACCAGCUGAAGGAUGCGGUACAGAAAGUUCAGGCGAUGGAGCAGAGGCAACAGCAAAUGAUGUCGUUUUUGGCCAAGGUUGUUCAGAGUCCAGGCUUCUUAAACCAAGCACAACAGAGUAGUAAUGAUGGCGACAGACAGAUUCAGGGUAGCAGCAACAAAAAGAGGAGACUUCCUGGGGAGGAGGCUAAUGAUGUUGACCGUCAGAUUGUUAAGUAUCAGCCAUCGAUAAACGAAGCAGCACAGACUAUGCUUCGACAGUUCUUGAAUAUGAGUAGCUCAAAUGAGUGUGAAUCGGUUUCAAACUCUCUGAACUCCUCGAAUGCAGUAUCUGGAGUAACACUGCCCGAGGUUUCACCCGACUCGGCUCAUUCAGCAAUGAACCAAGUACCUGAGGCAGGUUUAGCUCAUCAUCCUCAAGCUGGUCUGGUUCAGCCAAACUUAGGUCCAAGUCCAGCUGCAGCUUCUUGGAGCCCUGAAUCUGAAUGCAAGACAGGUAAUGGAGAAUGUUUGGAUCCAAUAAUGGCUGCUUUAGGUGGGUCGCUGGAGAUGGAAGGCGAUGCAGUUUCUCCUAAAGGUGAGGGAGAGAUGAAAGAGUUACUUGUCCCUCAGCUGCCUGGAGUCCAAGACCCAUUCUGGGAACAGUUUUUUGCUGAUGAAGCCCCAGUGAGUGGAGACGCAGAAGAGACCAUAUCAGGGUCAGUGGAGAAUAAUGACUUGGCAAUGGGGCAAGAACUGAGCGAGUGGACUAGGGAUCAACAACAAGUGAACCAUAUCACUGAACAAAUGGGGUUUCUUUCUUCGGAAACACAUGGAGGUAAGAAUGAAAAGCAUCUUCUCUGCAUCGAUGUUCUGUCUUGAGAGAUCAUUUGUUUCUCGUUUUCAGGAGAGGCUGUUAAGGGGAUAUGAACGAAGGAGGAGGAGGAAAUAUAUAUCAUACACUUUUGACUUUGGCAUGUUGUGAAUAGCCUUUUAGAGAUGACUUUGUGUGUUGUUUUUGUUACAUGUUGCUUUGUGCUAGAACGCCCUUCUUCAUGUUCAAUUAUCAUACCACUAUGAUAAUCUUUGGUCACUGACCGACUCGAGCA